AUCCAAAAACAAAGAGCAAAAUGGGCACGAGCGACGCAACGAUGGUGUUUACCAACGAUACUUCACCUGCAGGUGUUGACGACUCUUCGUCGUCAAUUCCCUGGAUGGACAACUCAACCUUCACGGCAGCGAGUACCGAAGCAGCGCCGAUGAGUAAAUCCCUACAGACAUACCCAGAGAGGGUAGCAAUCGCCGUACUGUGGCUCCUGAUCGCUCUGAUUGAUAUCAUCGGUAACACCAUGGUCAUCCUCGCCGUGGUGUUCAGCAAGAAGCUCCGCACGUUCACCAACGUCUUCGUGGUCAGUCUCAGCGUGGCCGACCUGCUGACCGGCCUGGCGCUACCCAUGAGCGCCGUCGGCCUGCUCAGCCCAGGAGACACUUGGCCGUGGUCCACCGAGACACCGUGCUACCUGGCCGGCAUGCUUCUGUUCAUCAGCUCCUGCGCUAGUCUCUACAACCUGGCCUCCAUCGCUCUCAACAGGCUGAUCCUCAUCAAGCGCCCAAUGACAUAUCGUAGUCUCUACACCCGGCGCAACUUGGCCAUCAACGUGGCAGUCUUGUGGUUCGUUGCCAUCGCCAUAAUGGUCGUGCCACCUCUCUGUGGCGUCGGCGGCUUCGGCUACGACGAGCAGCAUCACACCUGCAGCGACCUGGACACCCAUCCCAAGGCCAAGUCAUUCGAGAGGAUCCAAACCUUCCUCUUCUAUCCCAUCCCACUGAUCAUCAUCGUCACCUCUUACACCAUCAUCUACCUACACGUCCGGCGCCACUUCAAGGCCCAGAGGUCCUUGCGUGGUGGCAUCAGCACCAGCGGAACAGGCCCGGUCUCUAGCUCAAGCAGCUUCCAGGUAUCCGACAACGCGGCUGUCUUGAAGACCUCUCAACAGGGUCGAGCCUACCACCAACAGCUCCAAAUCACCAAGAAUCUCUUCAUGACCGUCUGUGCUUUCGUCGUUUGCGUCACUCCGUACAGCGUGGCGCUGUUCAUCCCCAACAACGAUCGCUACCUGCUGUUCCUGGGCGUGGUCUUCACCUGCAACAGCUGCAUCAACCCGUUCAUCUAUGCGUCCAAGCAUCCACAGUUCAAGAAGGUUUUGCGCCGGAUGCUGCAGUGCAGAUACUCGCAGAUUGAAGAGCCGUCUGACGCGUUGAAAGCCCUGAUGACCUGCUGUUACAAAGCGUAACUGCAUUAUGUAACACACAAUUUUAUCGAAGGGCAUAGGCCAAUCUGAAGAGAAUUACGGAUUACAAACAUUUGAAUACAAAUGAGAUUUUAAUCAUUGAGUCAA